CUUUCGCGGCUCCUUCAAUGGAAGCUUCACUGUUCUGACCUGCGUGAUCGUCGAACCAGGAUCUUCAUAGGAGCACGUUGCUCCUUCGAAGAGAUCGUCUCUGCAUCUCCUUUUUUGUGUGUCGAUCGCAUGCUUCGCGGCUCGAUUGCUCGUUUUUGCCUUCUCUCGCUCCCUUCGUUAGAUGUUUCUCUGUUCCGACCUGUUCGAUCGCCGAACGAAAAUCUUCAUACUGAGUGCAUUUGUUUUCGCGCUUUCGUGUUUAGUUUGAUUGAUGCUACGUAUUUAGAUUUAGUUCGAGCGCUUCUCAAUUUUAACAACAGUCCUUCGAUCCGAUCCGAUCCUCAGAGAAAGACCGAGAAAGCUAGCGAAGAACGAAAAUUGGAGCUAGGAUUGGCGCGAGCGCGUGCGGCGAUUCGGAAAGCCUCGAAGCUCGGCGAUCGUCCUUCCAACCGCAGCGGCUAUGACACCGCAAAGGCCGUGUACCGCAAUCGCCGCGCGUUUCUCCAGAGUUACAUGGAGAUGGAGAGACGGUUCAAGGUCUACGUGUACUCGGAAGGGGAGCAACCCAUCGUCCACGACGGGCCGUGCAAGGACAUCUACACCAUGGAAGGCCGGUUCAUCCACGAGAUGGAGCAUGGGUCAUCAUCGGCCAGGUUCAGGACGCGGGACGCGAGGCACGCCCAUGCCUACUUCAUGCCGUUCAGCGUGACCUGGAUGGUGAGGUACCUGUACAAACCUCCCACAUACGACUUGACCCCUCUCCGGCGGUUCGUCGCCGACUACGUGAGGGCGGUGUCGGCGAAGUACCCGUUUUGGAACCGAACUCGUGGGGCUGACCACUUCAUGGUGGCCUGUCAUGAUUGGGGCCCUCAUGCAUCCCUUGGCGAUCGCCAUCUCUACAACAACUCGAUCCGUGCCUUGUGCAACGCCAACGCCUCGGAAGGCUUCAACCCUCAGAAGGACGUGAGCUUACCCGAAAUCCACCUCCUGGACGGCAACAUCUCCCCUAAACUCCUCUCCCCGCAGCCGCUGAACGUCCCUCGCCCGCUCCUGGCGUUCUUCGCAGGCGGCCUCCACGGCCCGAUCCGGCCUCUCCUCCUCCGCCACUGGAAGGACAAGGGCGACCCCGAAGUCCACGUCUACGGGUACCUCCCCAAGCACUUGGACUACUACACCCUCAUGCUCCAAUCCAAGUUCUGCCUGUGCCCCAGCGGACAUGAAGUGGCAAGCCCUAGGAUCGUCGAGGCCAUCUACGCUGAGUGCGUGCCGGUCAUCAUCUCGGAGCACUACAUCUUGCCGUUCAGCGACGUGCUGGACUGGGAUGCCUUUUCGGUCAAGGUCGAGGUGUCGGGGAUUCCGAGGCUGAAGGAGAUACUGAAGGCGGUGCCGGAGGAUGAGUACAGGAGGUUGAGGCAGGGCUUGAAGGCUGUGAGGAGACACUUCGUGCUGAACCAGCCGGCGAAAAGGUUCGAUGUGUUCCAUAUGGUGUUGCAUUCUAUAUGGCUUAGGAGGCUGAAUCUUAAUCUCGGAUAGAUAAUUCCAAUCUCCAUUGACCUAAGAACGUGGUGUCAUGCAUAGAGUAAAUAGAUCCACGCUUCAAUAGAAACCUAACAACUCAAACCAAUCUAGAACAGUUUGACUUGGUUAUACUACAUCUUCAAGUAUAUUCCAUUGAACAAAGUGGGAUUUUUAGAA